GCAAUGACGAGGAGGUCGCGCAGGUCGCGCAGGCCUUACAAAACGCGUCGCUCGAGAGCCCCUCCCAAGCUAGUGCUGCUGCUGACGCUGUCCCUAUGUCAACAAGCUCUCCCGAUCGUGCGAUGAGCAUCCCAUUCCGAAAGGAAGGAUGGCCCGAGGGCUGGUAUGCAAACGACUCACAUACAGAUGUCGAUGUCGCUCAAAAAGGUUCGUUAUCAUCUAUUGAGACGCGAUAAGGAUUUGAAAGAGAGAGGUGCCAAGUUCGCUUCCUUUGCUGCAGAGGGGGACAAUGGAGAAAUCCUGGUUCGUGCCCAGCAAUUUCCUGGAAUAGACAACCUCGAUGCCGACCGCCCAAGGGUCAGAAUUCUCGUGGAACGCCGAGUCGAAAAGGAAUGGCAGUUCAAGAAUAUUGACGUUGAAGACCUACCUGCCUAUGAAUCCGAUGGCUAGGUGCCAUGGUACCCGAGGCCAAGGCCCAGAGAUCCGCCAAUCGACAGGGACCCCCGGGUGGUCGAGGAGAUCAACGACGUCUUCACGGCCGAUGCACCCUACAAAGAUACUGCGAAUAUCCUUUC